AUGGCGCAGUCGCUCCGCUGCUUUGUUCCUCCGGCGCUUGCUGGGGCUACGGAGCGCCGGCGAUGCCUCUUCAGUCAGCUGCGGGGGGCCGGCGUCGCCUCCCCCUGUUUCACCCUCAGGCCCCGCAGACAGACCGGGCGGAUCUCGGCCACGCUGUCGCACACCCAGGAUCUGGACUCGACGGCUCUGGUCCCCUCCGCCGCCGUGGACGGCGUCUUCAGCAGCGGCUCGAUCGACGUGGACUCCGUGACGGAGGCGGAGAUGAAGGAAAAUGGCUUCCGGAGCACGAGGAGGACGAAGCUCGUGUGCACCAUAGGUCCCGCGACCUGCGGGGAGGAGCAGUUAGAGGCGCUCGCUGUAGGGGGGAUGAACGUGGCUCGGGUUAAUAUGUGCCAUGGUACCCACGAGUGGCAUCGUGAGGUGAUCAGGCGGGUGCGGCAGCUGAACGAGGAAAAGGGCUAUGCUGUAGCGGUAAUGAUGGACACCGAGGGCAGCGAGAUCCACAUGGGAGACCUUCCAACCUCCUCUGCCAGAGCUGAGGUAACGCUUACCGUCUGCCUUGCUGAAGUCGAAAGUUUGUUGCUGAAGUCGGAGAAAUAAUUCAUCCAUUUAAAAACGUAUAGGACUAAGAUCUUUUAUUCAUGCAUGAACCUCUGCAUUGCCUCAAGUAUCAGGUUAAUUAAUAUUUUUCUAAGAAGACAUGUUUUCUCUUCUGAUACUUGAGUGAGUUGAACUUUAACACCAUCCCAUUUUGUAGUAGUUUGAGUCGACUUUUUAAAAUAAAAAAUCAUCAAACGAUAUCUUCCUUCAAAUGCUCUUGCAUUCUCAAUUUGACCUCUUUUUAAAACCAGGGAACCUUCAAAGUGGUCUAGUAAUAGGGGGUAAUCCUCAAUUCUAUAAAUGAACCUUCAAAGUGGUCUAUUAUAGAAGGAAUGGAUCAACAUGGCAUGGGAAAAAGGGCCAUAGCAUUAUUCACAGUCUAAUGUAGUAUAGCCUAAUUUCCUCUAAUCAUUGGUCAUUACUUUUCCCAUCAUAUGACUGAUUAUUUAAAAUCUGAACAGCUUCUCUUAUUUCAUGGUUAUAGUUUUAAUUUAAUGAAUGAUGAUUCAAUGUGAAUUAAGAAAUCGAAAUGCUAAUAGUAUAUUAAUCUAUCAUUUUUUAAUCGUCAUAAAAUAAAUUCAAAUAAUUUAUAUAGCUCUCAUACAUACGGAAAGUUUAUUUCUUGCUUGAUGUCUAUAUGUAUUCUAUGAUUUCAGUGAAAUUUUUGACACACGAUUCUUUGUAGGAUGGGGAGGUCUGGACCUUCAGUGUUCGGCAUUUCAACCAACCUCUUCCAGACCGCACAAUCAGUGUAAAUUAUGAUGGAUUUGCAGAAGGUCUACCUCUUUUGAUAUCUGCAUUUUAAUUGAGGAAAACUUGGGAAAUGUUUGCAAGCUUAAGGCGUUUCAACUUAUUUUCUUUUUUAAAUGACUUUAAUGUGGUGCAGAUGUGAAAGUGGGUGAUGAACUGCUCGUGGAUGGAGGAAUGGUGCGUUUCGAGGUCAUUGAGAAGAUUGGCCCUGACGUAAGGUGCCACUGUACCGACCCAGGUUUGUUAUUACCACGAGCAAAUUUGACGUUCUGGCGGGAUGGCAGUCUAGUGCGAGAACGAAAUGCUAUGCUUCCCACGAUUUCUUCUAAGGUACUGCCCAUUCAUGAUCUCCAUUCUCUCUUGAAAAGUUGUUUGCUGAGCUUGUAGGCAGUGUUCUUUUGAACUUUCCCGCAUCCCAGCUUGUCUAUUUUUUUAACUCCUUGCCAGUAUAAUACCUGUUUAUCUUUCGAUAUCCUUUUUCUGUUCUCAUAUCUUUGUCUUCAAUAAUCACAACGUUUUGGUUUGCUGUUUUUCUGAUUUUGCUUAAUUCUGUUUGUGAGAGUGAAUAUAUUCUUCUAGAGAGUGCAAUGCCUUGAUGUGAAGGCAUCCAGGCCAUAUGUACUGAUUUCCUGGUGUAUGAUGUUUGCAAGCAUCAUACGUACACCUAUGUUGUAUGGUACUCCGUUCAUGCAUAAUUGUUUAGGGCAAUCAAAUGUAUAAUAUAUAUUAUUAAAUUCCAUACAUUAAAAUUAUAUAGCAUUUUAAUUAUAUAUGUCUCGUUUAGUUGUGAGCUGAUGUGUAUUUAUUAUUUUAUUUGGUUGGUUUCUUUGCUAUAUUUUCAUACUUAUAUUUCCGGAAUAUUCUUUAUUAAAAAAUAUUAUAAAUGAAAAUGGAAGUUCUGUUUUAGAUAGUGGAGUGAGAAUAACUUAAGUUACAUAUAUUUAGUGUGAUCAUUCAUUUAUAUGAUACUAACAUCAUGUCAACACCUGCACAUACUCAAUCUUAUUUAUUGCUUAUUUGAUGAUCAGAUAAUAUUUUAAAAUGAUUUUUAGGUUGUUAAAGCUAGGCCUCAGCUUGGUGAUAUCUCGUGCGUCCAUUGUUCCCGCAGUUUCUUUAAUCCUCCAUGUGCAUUAUAUGAUAGUGGUAUUUGAUAGAAAUGAAAGCUGAAGGUAUAUUGAAUAUUGAAUCAAGCUAUUGAGUUUUAACGUUUUUUAGGUUGAAAUAAGUCUCGAAGUGCUGAAAUAGGAAAGACAUCAUGAGUGGUUGAUACAAAUGUUUAUUUGGUGGUAUUGAUGUAAAGAAAUAUAAUUCCUUGAUAAUUCUGUAUUUCGUUUUAUCCCUUGAUUCCCAUGUUUUUUUGUUAACGUUAUUACGGAUGUUCAGGAUUGGCUAGACAUAGAUUUUGGAAUUGCUGAAGGGGUUGAUUUCAUAGCAGUUUCGUUUGUCAAGUCUGCGGAAGUAAUUAAUCACCUCAAAAGCUACAUUGCUGCACGGUCUCGUGGAAGGUGAAUUCAUUAAUCAUUACCCCACUGUUGCUUAAUUGCGGUUUUUAUUGUCGAUAGAUCUCAUGAUGGCCUAAUUUUUGCAUUUCGGUAGCUUCUCUGGGAGUUCAGCACUUUAUCAGAUGAAGUCUUCUGUUAUUUGGAUAAGAUUAUUUGAUGACUUCUAAGCUGUUUUUCUAACUAGGAAAAUUUAAAACGCUCAGCCCAAGGAUACUAUAUUUAAUCCCUGUGCAUACGUGCAUAUAUAAAUAUCAAUAACCCCCGGGUAUUAAUAUUUAUUCCUGGGCAUGUACGCCUAUUUGUUAUUGUUUUUGCAUUCAAUUUGAAAAAUGAUUGUCUCAAAACGUGUCAAUUCUCCAUUUCCAUUUUACUGCACUGUAAAAUCGUGAACGUGCCUUUAUGUUCAGCCUUUACUGGGUGACUAAUUUGUGCUCUGGAUGAGUUUGUCUAACGGGCAAUAUUGGCUUGCAUUUCACAAAAGAAAGGUCAUAAUUCUUGACUUGGCAAUCGCAUUCAAGAUGCACAUAAUUUCAUCAUUAAACCCAGUAGAAAGUCCUUCAAGGCAUGUUAUUAUUUUCAGUGUUCUUUGAACUUUGUGCAUUAUAUCUUGCUCCAUUAAAUCUAGGUCUUCAUUGGCUACAGAUAAUAUGAACAAUCUGAGCAAGUUUAUCUAAAAAUCAUCCCAUGAACAUUACCAAUCUGACAAUUUGUACAAAUAGAAGUUGGAGACAAAUUUUCAGGUGGUAUCAAGGGCAUGAAAUUAUGACUUUUAGGAGGAUAGUAUCUGAUAUGGUUCUAUGCCAGCACUGGAAAGAAUGGUAAAGCCUAUUGUGAGUGGCCAGGAUGUGAAGAUGGUGAGUUCCAUUCUUACACCAAUAAACUAAAUUGAUUUGGAUCACAAUUGAACAUCAGCAACUUAACGUGAUUAGCCUUUCAUAAUCCAUCUGUUAUCUGCUAUGAGAAAAGAAUGACAAUCAAGAGACAUGAAACCAAUCAGUUUAUUUGUCCCAUGUUUUAGAUGAGAUGUAGACUGAAGAACACUGCUGAAGAAGAGGCAAGCGUUUUCCUCCUUUAUCGUCAGGCUCUUCUCUGCCCUCUUUUCACCUCCUCGGUUUCCUGCACUGGAAGGGUGGACAGACAGGCAGUCUGCACCCUCUAACAUUGAGAGGGAAGGUGAUGAAAGGCAACCUUGCCUGUACAAGGUCAAUCUAAUAUUGGUUGGCUCAUUUCCAGCUUAUUUCUUUUCUUCGUCAUUUUUAUGAGCUUUCUGGUGUGAUCAUAUCCCCUUGGUCACAGACUGAGGACGUAAAUUAAGUUAUGAAUGCAAUGACUGGUCGACUGUUUGAACUGUGCUAAUAGUCGGCCUAAAGAAGAUCAAUACGAAAAUCAUUCUCUAUCGCAAUUUGCUGUUUUCUUCCUGGUAGCAAAUUUGUAAGUAUCAGAAGGAAGAGUUCUUUCUCUAUCUACAUAUUACUUUUACUGGAUCUAGACAACUCUCCUCUCCAAUUGUAUGUGUGACAUGACUCUUGGAUCCUGCCAGAUAGUCUCAUGCCCUUGAAAUUUUUAUUUAAUGAGAGCAACGCUUAAUCGGUGAGACAUGGGUUAUGGCCAUUAUUGUGGUAAUGUUUGUUGCUAUUGUUGUGGCAGUUGUCACAAUAAAUAUAUCAUUAAUCUUCUUGUCUUCCCUGUGUACGUUUUGGAUCAGUUACUACAUUAUAUCCAUUACUUGCCAUUGAGAUGAUGAAUCUUGUGAUUUUGUGUCAGAAAAUCUUCCUCUUACUCAGUUCCUGUUUUCAAUGCCAAAGAAAAUAGCUGAUAGAACUCAUAUGAUGAACUUGUUUUGCACACGGUUUUUAUGUGAAGUAAUAGCUGAAGUGCCUGGGCUGAUCGAUGUUCUUGACUGUAAUUCUCAACUCCAGUGAUAUUGCUGUCAUUGCAAAGAUUGAAAGCAUCGAUUCACUGAAGAACUUAGAGGAGAUCAUCCGUGCAUCUGAUGGAGCGAUGGUAGCUAGAGGGGACUUGGGCGCACAGAUUCCCCUGGAGCAAGUCCCUUCUGCCCAGCAAAGAAUCGUAAAAGUCUGCAGGCAGCUGAACAAGCCGGUCAUCGUGGCAUCUCAGCUUCUCGAAUCUAUGAUCGAAUAUCCCACACCAACUAGAGCUGAAGUAGCCGACGUUUCUGAGGCAGUCAGGCAGCGGGCGGAUGCCCUGAUGCUCUCUGGUGAGUCAGCCAUGGGUCAAUAUCCAGAGAAGGCGUUGACUGUUCUGAGGAGUGUCAGCUUGAGGAUCGAGAGGUGGUGGAGGGAGGAGAAGCGAUAUGAAGCUAUGGAGCUCCCUGGCAUUGCGUCCUCCUUCUCAGACAGUAUUUCUGAGGAGAUCUGCAAUUCUGCGGCUAAAAUGGGUAAGAACACUUGCCCACCCAUUCUUUCGCUAAAAUUCGCACCCAUUCUGUCUGGUUGACUUUCCAAUGCUAGAGCUCUGCAAAAGUCAAUACGCCUAAAGUCGUGCAGCCAAACGAAGUGGACUUCAAAGGAAGUUGACAUGAAAUAAAUGAGCUGCCGUCCUAACUUUUAUUCAUCCUCCAUAACUUUUAAUUCCAUCUAUCAUUAUUUUGAAUAUCUUGCAACAUAGAAAAUUACUGUUUAAGAAUUAAAUUCUCAACCCAGUGUGCAUUUGUGUGGAAGAUUCUUGUAUAUAUAUACAUAUUUAUAUACACACUUAGUAUUAGUCAUAUUACAUAUGUAUGAUUUCUACAUUAAUUAUUCAUGACAUUACAAAUAUAUGAUAAAAUAUAUGUUAUAGGUUGUAUUUUCUUAAUUAUCUUGAUACACAAUUUGUAUACAAUAGGUAUUAAAAUGUUAUUUAAUUCAUGAAUAUUCUUUUUGACAUGACAUAAUCUGUAUUGUGUAUGCCUCGCAGCUAACAAUCUGGGGGUGGACGCCCUCUUUGUGUACACGAAGACGGGCCACAUGGCGUCCCUGCUGUCGCGGAGCCGCCCGGACUGCCCCAUAUUUGCGUUCACAACGACGACAGCAGUGCGGCGGCGGCUGAAUCUGCAGUGGGGACUCAUCCCCUUCCGCCUGAGUUUCUCCGAGGAUAUGGAGAGCAACCUCAACCGGACCUUCUCCCUCCUCAAGGCCCGGGGAAUGAUCCAGCCUGGUGACCUCGUCAUCGCCGUCUCCGACAUGCUGCAGUCCAUCCAGGUCAUCACCGUCCCCUGA